UGCUCUUUGCAAUCAUGAGUCCUCUUGUCAUCAUUACCCUACUUGAAACUAAUCCACCCCCUCCUCCCCUUUCCCUCUCUGUUUCUCUCAAGUCUCGCUACAUCCAACUAUCCAAGGCAGGGAACCACAUGGGCACAUACAACACAUUGAAAAUAACAAUUCCACCUAUGACCUGUAUAUAAAGACUUGAUCUCUAAACAUCUCUCUCCAAGUUUCCACUGCUCAAUUCCAUUUCAAAGCACCCCUUCUUCUUUUCAUCCUCUCUAAAACUUUUCUUUGUAAAACCAACAAAAAGACCAUAUAAUACUAACAUGUGUAUAUCAUCUCAUAACAUCUACACUUUUAUGCAUAACAAGCAAUCAAGGCGAUGUAAGAUUCAACUUCCCAGGCUCACAAGGAGGAGGAUCAGAUGUCAAGAAGAAGUUGGAAAAGACAUGGUACUGAAGAACUUGAAGCUGUAUAUUGAGAACAUCACCAUCUUGGAGGAGAAUGAGAAAUUAAGAAAGAAGGCCAGUCUUCUUCAUCAAGAAAAUCUUGAGUUGAUGUCUGAAAUUCAGAAGAAAUUCGCUCCUUCUGAUCGUGUCUCGACAACCCUUGAUCUGUUGCUUCACAACAAAGAAAACCAGUGAAAAUUGACUGCUCCUUUCUUCUUUGCUGUAAUAUUUCUUCUACUCGUAUCAGCUUUUUGAACUCUACUAAACUAGAAUAAGGUAGGCAAGAGCAUGUUGACUGAGGAACGGGAAUGGGAAUCCGAGUGGAAUAUUGUAAGUUGUUAGCAAGUCAAUUAAAUUGAUAUUGUCCAGACUACAUCCUCAUUUUAUCCUA